AAAAUGUGAAUAAUUAUUACAAUUAAAUUAUUCAUUAUAUUCCGCAAGGAAUGCAAAUCCAGAUGAGCUCCAGGAGGCCAGCCCUCAACAAAUGGUUGACAGACCUCAGAAUACAUGGGGCGGGUAUGUGACGGGUGCUGGCGCUAAGUCAUUGACGGAACAGGUGCUCAACCGAAUGACAGAUAGCCGGGAGUCGGCCUACUAUACCGCUAAUAGUGUCGAACACACGUUGCCUACCAGUCCCACAUCGCCUCUAAACCAACACAUUUACGUCAAAGAGCGAGAAAUGUACGAAUACCGAGAAUUCAAUUCAUCGCCCAAUCCUUACCGACCGAAGAGUCCCCUCUCAUCCACCGGCGCUCAAAAGCCGCCCACCAGUAGUGGACAGCCGUUCUCGCCGACGACGUCGCCCACGAAUAUCAGUUACCAUCAGCCGGAAGAGCAA